GUUAUAAGGAGGCGGUGGGCGUCGACAUGGACGGCACGUCCUUGCCUAGGCGUUCGUCUUCAAGGAUGCACCUCAACGCUGUCUUCGGGUUCCUGUUUAGCCUCGCCACCGUCCGCGUCGCAGCGGUACAGGUCAGCGUUCAGCAUACCGGGAGGACGCUCACCUUGGGGAACGUCUCGUACUUCGUCCCUCCUUCGCCAGUCUCGUCGCUUCCCAAUGCGGCAUUCCUCGUGAAGCCUGCGUCCGGGGACUUGAUCCCGUUCUCCGUGAUCCCCACCUCGAAGACGGUGUUCGACCAAAACGCUCUGGAGGCGACCAUAGCCCAGUGGUCUGCUAAGGACGAUGUGUGGAGCGAGGCUUUCCUCACUGGUGUCUACCUCAGCUUCAACGGCACACGCGGCAUUCCGGUGGCGUCGCUUGGGAGCGCCCAAAAGAAGUUCGGAAUCGACUUCGUGCUGCGAUCUAAAAGCUUCCUUGGGGGUGUCAGUUUGAAGACCCCACUGCCGUCUGGCCCGUACUUCCUGGAAACCGCAACCGGGAACAUUUUCGAAGCCUACCGUUUGUACAACGACGAGAACCAAUCGUUCCUGUAUGGAACGAUCCCGAACGGCAAAGACAGCUUCGACAUCCUGUCUGCGCGCGUCCCUGGAGCGUCCACAGAGACCAUCGGCGUGCCCUCGCGUCUGUACUUUACGCCCACCCCCGAGAAGCCUCUCGCCGGGUUCCGCCUCGCGGUGAAGGACAUCUACGACAUCAAGGGCCUCCAGACUGGCUGCGGCAACCGCGCCUUCUGGCAGCUGUACCCGGCUAAGGAGCGCACCGCGCCCGCCAUCCAGCGCCUCCUCGACGGCGGGAUGGUGCUUGUCGGCAAGGCGAAGACAUCGCAGUUCGCCAAUGGUGAGACUGCGACGGACGACUGGGUCGACCUUCAUGCCCCGUACAACCCCCGUGGCGACGGGUACCAGGACGGGAGCAGCUCGUCGACAGGACCCGGAACGGCUACCGCAGCGUACCCGUGGUUGGACUUUGCGGUCGGGAGCGACACCGGUGGAUCCAUGCGAGGCCCGGCAGGCGCGAACGGUGUCUUUGGCAAUCGGCCCUCGCACGGGGCUGUUGCCUUGGACGAUGUGAUGCCGCUGUCGCCGGAGUUGGAUACGGCAGGCAUCUUCGCCAGGGAUGCGAAGCUCUGGGCUACCGCAGGACACUGGUGGUACCAGAACUUCACUUCGUUCUCGAAGUUCCCGAAGAAGGUCAUCUUCCCCGUGGAUUUCUUUGGCAGCAGCUUCCUUAGCACGCCUCCCGCUGCAGGGACGGCGGCCGCGACGUUCAACACGUUCAUCGGCAAGCUCGAGCACUUCCUGAACACGACGCGCACCGAGGUCUCGUUCGCCGGCCUGUGGAACACGACUAAGCCCGCCAACGCCACCGCGCCGACGCUACAGACGUUGCUGUCAACCACAUACGCGGACAUCAUCACGCUCGACCAGAUUGCCCUCGUCGCCGACCCGUUCAUUGCGGACUUCGGUGCGGCGAAUGGCGGACGCAUGCCCUUCAUCAACCCCGCGCCGCUUGCACGAUGGAACUACGGCCGCGCCUUGCCUGCUGGGCGCAAGGAGGAGGCGUUGACGAACAAGACCAUCUUCAUGGAUUGGGUCGCGGACGAGGUCCUCAAAGCCGGCGACCCGGACACCUGCGCAGACUCCAUCUUGCUCUACCCGCAGAGUUCGGGCAACACGAACUACCGGAACCGGUACAUCAGCUCUCCUACUGCGCCUAUCGGCUUUUCCUCUGGGCGGCUUUCCGUUCACGCCGAGACCCCGGAUAUGGUCGUGCCAAUCGGUGAAGCACCUUUUAACUCUACCAUCACAGGAAAGACCGAGUUCCUACCAGUCACUCUGAGCUUUGUCACCGCCAAGGGAUGCGACCUGAUGUUGUUCAACCUGUUUGCCGCGCUGCAAGAUGCGGGCAUAAUCAGCCCUGUUGGGACGGGGUCGCGGGUGUUUGCAUCGUAA